GUGCUUACAAAAUGCAAGGGCUUAGGACGAAAAGGUACCAUUUCGGGAGCAGCUUUCGUUACGGAAACAUCUGGAAAAGCAGUGUGCGACAGAAGCAAGUUGCUUACCGGUGCAAGUGUUUGAAAAGUGUGGGAAGAGACCAGUGAUCAAAGGACUUUACGUGCACAACAGUGUUAAGUGAAUUAUCAGAUGGCUGCGGUGAUGAGAAGCAUGGCCCUGGGUCAGAACAUACAUAAUAUUCUGCCGAAUAACUGCAUUUUGGUGCAGCAGCAUAAACCGAUCAAUCAUCAUGGGAAGCGACCGAUUGCGCCUGCUCCUAUGAUGGUAACCAGUCUGCCACAAGGAGUUGGAUUAAAGUGCAAAACAGGAGCUAGUGCAGCGAAGAAAUAUGCUUACUGUGGAUUGCCGUACGCGCCGACUCCUCAGCAAGCAGCUUCCGUCCAGCGAAGAAAUGCCCGAGAGCGCAACCGUGUGAAGCAAGUGAACAAUGGAUUCGCAAACCUGCGCCAACAUAUUCCACCGACAGUGGUGACGGCCUUGUCUAACGGAGGUCGUGGAGCUAGCAAGAAGCUUAGCAAAGUGGAUACUCUCCGUAUGGCCGUAGAGUACAUUCGUAGUCUACAGAAGAUGCUGGACGAGAACAGCGAGAACACUCAAAAGAGUUUGAGCCAGAUGUCUUCCUCGAGCUCAUACUAUGGAACCAUGUCGGAGUCUUCGACUGCUUCUUCGCCAGCUCCGUCGCACAUUUCGGAGAACUCCUACUCGCAAUCCGGAGGACCAAUCUUCAAACACGAACCUUACGAUAUCUACGUCGACCCGUCUACCUCGCCUCAGCACCUCCAGACAUUGAUCCCAGGAAUGACCAGCCUCAGUCCCGUGGAAACAAACAACUACAUUCACGCCAUGGGAACCCACCAAGUGUACAAGUCGGAAAUCUACCGCGAGUACGAGGAGGAGCUGAGUCCUCAAAAUCCAGAGGACGAGGAGCUCCUCGACGCCAUCACCUGGUGGCAGCAACAGCAGUGAUCUCCUAAUCGAUUAAUUACUCUGAGACAAACCAAAAAGAAUGCGUCUUCUUGCCGAAGUUACGUACUCCCGAGAGCUCCGCGGCCGAGCUGAGUCAACGCGCUUACGAGCGAAUCCCUGUGCAUCUGCGUCCAGUUGAGUCAACCUGAAAAGUUGUCACUUCAACGAG